AUGACCGCCCACAAAGAUGGGCGCACCAUCCUGCAGAAACCCCCACCCCCACAGAGCCCACCAGGGACACCCGGGAGCCCACGGGCCCCAUACGAAGGCUCCGGCCCAGACCAUUGCAAACACACGUGUACGCACAGCUGUGCCCCUGCAAAGAGCCGCACGCAGCCUCCCCCGCCACCCAGGGGGCCCGUCGUUUCCCCCGAGGCUCUCACCUGGGGUUACACACCCGGGGCCUCCCAGGCCACGCCCGACACAGGUACACACAGCCCGGGGACACACACAAGCACACAGCCACGCACAGAGAAGCAACUCCGGGGUGCCCAGGCCACACUCUGCGAGCCCCCCGGUGCCAACCCACAGCCACGGGAGGGGCUGCCGGGGGACAGCGGGGCCCCCCGGGGUCACUAG